AUGGCGUCCAAAGCAGCAACAAAGCGUCUGGGCAAAGAAUCCGUUCUUAUGGAGAAGGAUCCGCCGCCGCUCUGUUACGCGCGUCCCAAAGAUGACAAUAUUCUCGAGUGGCAUUUUAUUUUGCGUGGACCUCCCGAUACGCCGUAUGAGGGUGGUGAGUACUGGGGCCAACUUUUGUUCCCUAGUGACUAUCCCUUCAAACCACCGGGUAUCAAGCUUCAGACACCUAGUGGGCGAUUCCAGCCAGACACCAAAAUUUGUACAUCUAUGAGUGAUUAUCACCCAGGCAGCUGGAAUCCUGCUUGGUCUGUGGCAAAUAUCUUGAUUGGCUUGCUGUCCUUUAUGUGUACAGACGAGAUGACAGCAGGCUCCGUCAUGGCCACGCAGAGGGAGCGCCGUACUCUCGCGGCAAAAUCGCAUGCAUUUAAUGUCGCACAGCGCAAAUUUACACUGAUCUUCCCGGACUAUGCUGGCCCAUCCGUGAAAGAUCUGCCGAAUAUGUCCCGACCACCAAAUGUGGCGACCACCGAGCCGUCGUCCGUCCAGCCCGAGGAAACAAACGAGGCCAACGACUCUCCGUGGUCGUGGUGGUAUCCUGCUUGUUCGCGGCAAAAUUGA